UUUUCCCUGUGGUCAUGGGAUUUCUCCUUUAUCAGCGUGUUGGCCUGCGCUACGGGCUGUAAACUUCUGAGCAGCUGCGGAGAUGUGCUGAAGGGAGUUUUUGUGGACAUUAUUAUUAUUAUCAUCAAAUGGCUUUUUGAGUUUGAUUUUUAGGGAUACAAAUCCACUUCUGUGCUGCCAGAGACGAGUGAACAUUGAAACAGUGUAGGAGUGUUUUUUUUAUAAUUUUUUCCGGAGGUGUAAAAUAAUGUUUUGGUUCAAAGUUGGAUGAUCACAACUGGCAAUGGGUGACUUUGAAAAGAUCUGGCGUGAGCACUGUGAGGACGAGCAGACACUGAGCGAGUACGCGCUGGCCAUGAAGAAUCUCGCAGACAACCACUGGACCAAGAACUGCGAAAGAGAGGGACGUAUCGAAUGGUGUCGCAGUAUUUGUCAAGAAUAUUUUCUGGAUGGGGGGAUGAAACGAAUGUUGGAAAAGGAUGAGAAAAGUGCCACGCUCGCCAUGGGGCUGACUGCAGCCUCUGUAAGUGCCCAACCACACAGCACUAUACCGAGUUCAAUCUGUCAUCUGAGAAAGAUGCGUGUUCUUGACGUGGGAAGCUGCUUCAACCCGUUCUUGAGGUUUGAUGAGUUCCUCACAGUUGGUAUCGACAUAGUGCCUGCAGUCGAGAGUGUGUACAAGUGUGACUUCCUCAACCUCCAGCUCCAGCAGCCUCUCCAGCUGGCAGGCGACGCGGUCGACGCCUUCCUCCGCCAUCUCCACAACCCCAUCGACGCCUUGCCCGCCCAGCUGUUCCACGUGGUGGUCUUCUCACUGCUCCUCUCCUACUUCCCUUCACCGUACCAGCGCUGGAUCUGCUGCAAGAAGGCUCACGAGCUGCUCGAGCUGCAUGGCCUUCUGCUCAUCAUCACGCCCGACUCGUCCCACCAAAACCGCCACGCCCUCAUGAUGCGCAGCUGGCGCGUGGCGGUGGAAUCGCUGGGCUUCAAGCGCUACAAGUACGUCAAGUACUCCCACAUGCAUCUCAUCGCCUUCCGCAAGGUGUCUCUGGCCACCACCAGUGACCUUGUGUCGCACAACUACCCGGAGAUGCUCUACAUCCCUCAGGACUUCAACUCCAACGAGGAGGACGACUGUGCCGACGUGCCAGUGCAGGUGCGCUCCGAGUUCGAGGAUGACCAGCUGGCUUGGGGCUUCAUGGAGCUACCUGACACGCCCUACGAUUCAGAUUCUGGAGACAGCCAGAGCAGCUCGGUGCCCGGCUUUCACGAGCUCGAGGACCACAUACUGCUUCAAAGCUAGGCUAAACCAGCAACUCCCCCUCCUCCCCUCCCCCGUCACCUCCCCUUCAAACUGCUGCGCUGCCAAAUUUAACCUGCUGCAUUCUUCUCCAACCGAUCCUCCCUCUCCUCCAAUGCAGUUUGCACAGUGCGAUAGAGUUUACAGAUAAUUUUCUCAGAUACAAACACUUCUCUGAAAGUGCACACAUACACACAGACAUAUACACACACACACACACACACACGAAGGAUAUAUUUUGAUAAAUAGUUAGGUUUUCUAAGAGUCUUAAGAGUUGGAAAUUGAAUUCCCUUACGAUAUCUUUACUCCCUGCUCCUCAAUUUUCACCCCAUCUUCCAAUCAGCUCUCAAUAACAAAAGUCAGCUUAAUUCUGUACUCAGUCGCUGUUUGAAUAAGCUAGUGUGGCAGGCUGCUUAGUAUAUAUGCCAAAUACAGCAACCCGAGCAGUCUGAUGGUUCGAUUGCACUGGAGGGACUGAUGUGGAAUGACAGGCCUUGGUACGCUCGCUUCUGUCAGUCAUGCAGCUCGACUUUCUGAUAAUCCUUGAUGUGCAUUUAGUUUUUUUCCAAAACAAAAAAAUACGAAGUUGAUUGUUUUGAAAUCUAUAUUCUCGGAACAUUGGUGUUGUCCAGUGUAAAAGUGUGGCGGUGCCAUUUUAACUUGGCAUCCUCCGAAGGAUUUGUGUAUCUUUUACAAGAACGUGGUAUUUGUAGCAUUUUAAACAUUUUCUGAACCGUACGGUAGGAGUAUUACUAGGUUUACUAAUGUGAAACUGUAGCUGUGUUUACUCAUUGUGUAACAAGGUACGAUUGUUUCAAAGUAGGUAUUACACUUCUCUCCUCCUCCCUAUUGUCCUCAGAAAUAUCUACAUUGAAUUAUCUCCUGUUAGAUCUCCAGUAUAUUUUUACUCUCAAGCAGAGGAACAUAGUAUAACACUGCGAGUCAGUGACCAUUUCAGCACCAGAAUCCUUUGACGUAGUUUUGUAACUUGGAAAUGAAAAUACAUAGUGUCUUCUCGGUCUGAUCCCCUCGCAGUCAGAAAAUUCACCUGGACAGAGGAAAUUUGCACUAAUUUACUGUUUUGUCGUAACCGAACCUCUGAACCAGGUGACACUGUCGAUUUUUAGCAAUAGCCAGCAAGACCACACACGAAGACACUACCAGGUGAGACGUUAGCGUGUGUUGCCGCCUGUCCCUGAGCAGGCCCAAUGUGUGACUGUGGUUGGGUUUGUCAGAGUGAAUGAAGGAAUACAUUCACAUGAUGUUUUUUUUUCUUUUUUGCCUGUGGCACUUUAUCACUGAUCCCAAAGGGUGUUACAAAAUGUAAUUAUUUUCCUACGAUGAUGGUUUACAACCUAUACGAUGGGCCCAUAACAUGAUACCAGUGAGUCUAAGGUGCCUUCUCUGUCCACAUUUCUGUUGCACUCCGACUUUCAUACCCUGGCAGAAAAUUAACCACAUUUACUUUGAAACAGAAGCUAUCAAACAUAUCUGGAUCUUAACAAUGUACACAAUCUAUUCUCCUUUGUCAUAUUAACAGUUAACCACAAACAGUUCCAGUGUUGGUGUAAUGCAGUGUGUUGUUGCCAUGUCAUAUCAGUUUUCAGUAAUGCACAUCUCUCUGUUUAAAAAAAAAAAAAGAAAAAACAUUUAACAGUAUCCACACAUACUCAGACUCUGAAGGGUGUUUUGUGACUGACUUUGGUGCAUUUGUCUUCCAGUGUUUCUUUUAGCCAAUUUGCAUGAGAUGGUUCAUCUUCAUUAUCAACAUGUUCAACAAUGCCGAACAAUGUGUGCUUGUAGUACGGUUGUAUCUUUCUUUUAUAAAUGAAUGUAGAUGUGAA